GCCAAAAAGGGCACGGCGGUGUGGAGGAGCUUAUCGCUUAUCAGGGAUCAAGCGGGAUUAACGAUGCGCCGCGCUCCGUUAGUCAGCACAAUGUUGACGUUCGCAAUGGCCUCAGUGAUGUCAAAGCGCAGAUUGUGGUGGAUUUUGAUAUUGAUAACAAAACAACAACGGGCAUCUCGAGCCCUUCAAACACCCCCGCGCAUUUCCGCACGUGAAAGCGCGCUUCACUUUUUGCUGACGAGUUUGGGGGGUUUCUAUUGCUUUUCUUUUUUUUCUUCUUUCAAUAGUUCGAAUCUCGUCUCCUUGGAUCCGCCUUAUUUCUUUUGUUUUCUCUAGCGCGUCCAGGAGCUCGGUUCUCUCUCAUACCCAUCCGUUGCUAUCAGGGGACAGACCCUGGGCAGAACUUCAACCGCAGACGGAAUAUCGACUCAGCCUCUCGUUUUUCUUACCUGGGACAUCUCCUUUACUG